AUGCUUUUAACUAUGAGAAGGACAGAAGAACCUGACAAAAGAGGAGUUAGAAUAAAAGAAGAAGAAGAAGAAGUAGAACAAGAAGAACAAGUAGAAGUUGAAACGAAAGAAUAUUAUAAAUUAGAUAAACCGGAAGGAAGUGUUUUGUGGAAAGAAGAAAUUGACGAAACGAUUUUUACAUGCGAACCGAGUGAUAACGAAACAGAAUUCGAAAAAAGAAAAUUAUUCGGUAAAAAAAUUUACGUGAGGCAAUUCGGAAUCGACGAGGAACGACAGGAAAAUGAAUACGUUGAUAUAACUCAAGUUCAGCAGCUGCUCUUAGAUUCAGCGACCUCAUCGGGGAAAGUUGCCAGCAUCAAAAAUAGAACCGGCGAAAGACAGGAUUGCCAACAACAACAACAACAACAAUUUGAUACGGCAAAUCGGUUUUUAACAUCGACCGAAGAAAGCAAAAUUCUUACUAAUAAAAUAAUACACAGACCUCAUUCUCAACCGUCUUGUUCGAGUUUUCCAAAUUCUCAACAACCCUAUUAUAGACCCCCACAAGAUCGGUACUACCCUCAUCCCCUCAAACAACCGGAUUAUUACGUUGGAAAAUUUCAAAAUUAUCAAGACCAAAGUUUAAAACCACGAAUGUUGGCUGAAAGCAUACCGAGUAAUCCGCACUUGCAGCCACCAGCUCCGCAAACUGGAGGCCAUUCGCCAAAUGUGGAAGAACUCUUUGCUCUAUGGUUUGGAAGUGCACCGGGAAAUACAGAAUGGAAAAUGUUGGGUUGUUAUCAAAAAUGA